AUGGACCUCGAGCACCGCAUCAAGGCCUACCGCUUCGUCGCCUAUUCGGCUGUUACCUUCUCGGUGGUCGCAGUCCUUUCGGUCUGCGUCACGCUGCCGAUGGUCUACAACUAUGUCCACCAGGUUAAGAGGACCAUGCACAAUGAGAUCAAUUUCUGCAAGGAAUCCGCCAAGGACAUCUGGAGCGAAGUCAACCACCUCAAGAACAUCCCAGCCGGAAACAGAACCGCCCGUCAGGCUGGAUACGCGCUGGCAGGUCGCUGUGACUCUUGCUGCCUUCCAGGAGCCGCUGGACCAGCUGGAACCCCUGGUCAGCCCGGUCGCCCAGGAAAGCCUGGAGCACCUGGUCUGCCAGGAAAUCCAGGACGCCCACCACAGCAGCCAUGUGACCCAAUCACUCCUCCUCCAUGCAAGCCAUGCCCUCAAGGACCUCGAGGAGCUCCCGGACCUCAGGGACCUUCUGGAGAUGCCGGUCGCAACGGGCAGCCUGGAGCCCCAGGAUCUGGUGCUCGACCUGGACCACCUGGACCAAAAGGACCUCCCGGACCCAACGGCAAGCCUGGAAGCCCUGGCGCUGCUGGCAAACCCGGAACACCCGCCAUUUCAACUCCACGCACUCCAGGAUCACCCGGACCAGCUGGAGGUGUUGGACCUCGAGGCCCACCUGGACCUAACGGACAGCCUGGACAACCAGGAUCAGCUGGACAACCUGGACCCAAAGGACCCAAUGGAUCUAACGGACAGCCUGGAGCCAAUGGAAAUCCUGGUGCACCGGGUCAAUCUGGACAGCCCGGCGGACCUGGAGAGCCAGGUAUUUGCCCCAAGUACUGCGCUAUCGAUGGUGGAGUCUUCUUUGCGGACGGAACUCGACGCUAA